AGCCCAGUGGGAGGGCGGGUGAGGGGCAGAGCAGACCCAUACCAAGCAUUAUCUUUUGGUACCCUGAGCCCCAGGGGCCAGGUCGUUGCUUUUCUGGCCGGGACAGUGGCACUUCCCAGCAUCAACCACCAGGAGGUAUCACAGCCCCAGAGUUUACUUGGCCAGAGUGCAGCCGGCAGAUGCUUGUCAACCCUGCUACCUCUUCAGCCUGGUGGGUGCUCCCGCUCACGAGUGUGGAGGACACAUGGAAGUGAGCCUGAGGUCUGAAGAGUGGGAUUGGGCAAGAGGCUGGAGCAAAACUUCUUAGUCAGAGCCAGGUUCUGGGGGUUUUCCAAACACAAACCUAGAAUAGAGUGAAAACCAAGCUGUGAUCAGCUCAGAAAGAGGCCCAGUUCUCAGGCAACAAUGAACUGGAAAAGGUCCCCAGAUUCCAAGGGUCAGAGUUGGACUGGCGGGCAGCCAGAGAAUGCAGCCCAGGAGCGGGUCCUGAAGGGGAACAGUGGGACACAGCUCCCUGCCCCCUCCUCCACCGGCCAGCCCCUCCUGCCCUCCCUCGGGGUCUGUUAACACUCGGUUGUGACGCCUGCCUGAUGCCUGACGCCUGAUGCCUGACGCCUGACGUGAGGAGCUGUGAAAGGCUGGGGGUGGGGAGGCUGGAGAGGGGUGUCACAAUCCGAAGGCCAGAUGUCCCCUGACCCGGUGAGCAUGAGUGGGGACCCCUGAGAACAGGGGCACAGAGGCCAGAGGAGGCCAGGUCUGGGCUCUCCUUCACGAGGCAGGGAAGCCUGGUGUUUCCAAAGUACCCACAAGGAAAUGGGGCUUAUGUCUGUAGCCUAGGCCCUGAGCCCCGGAGAGUAGUACUACUGGGGUUCUCCAGGGGACAGAAUGGAGGCUGGGCUGCUGGGGUGUGCAAGCCUCCUGAGCCUUCAUUUUGGUGCCAGAAGAAAAGCCAUAGCCCUUGCAGAAGGGAAGACUGAGGCCUGAGGGGCUCGUCUUGUUCCUGGUGGAGGUGAAGCUCCUUGGGCUCCCACAUGUGAACAGAGUGCACCCAGUUCCCCAGACCCCACGGGGCUCAGCUGAGGGCUCCCUGAGGUGCGCUGAGGGACUUGGUUUCCUCUCUCUUUCCUUCCCAUCAUCUCCUACCCCUCUGCUCCGGACAAGGAUAUUCAGGACCCUUCUCCGCUAAGCCUCCCCAGCCGCAUCUGUAGCCAGGCCUAGCAUGGUGCCCAUUCCUUUCCUGGGCCUUUGCUCCUGUAGUCCUUGCACCCUGGCCUCAGCCUGACCAGGAUGGCUGGGGAGAGGAGGGGGAUGUCCCACUCCCGAUGCCUCAGACCCACUGUCUCUGCCGCCCCUGCCUCCUAGCGGGUGGGCUGGCCCUGGCCCAGGAAUGCACUUCGUUUCCUGGUUGAGCAAUGUCGCUGCGGGAGGAUAGUGGGGGCAGGAAAAGGCAGCCGCAGCCCUCCCCACCGCACAAGGCAGCUGUGGGAACGGGCCUACUGGAGAGCCUGUCCAAGCUGACCAGAGCCAGCAGGCUCUGUGGCUGCGUGGGCAUGGUUUCCCUGCUGUACCAGGAGGUGCAGAGAGGCCUGGGGAGGGCAGUGCUCAGCUGGGAAGGAAGACGGAGAACAUACGGGGGGCUGUGGGGGCUUUGUGAGUGGGAGUCCAGCCUGUGGACCCUGCACCCUCUGCCCCUGUUGAGCCUGGUCAAGAGGGGACUCAACGGGUCCCUUUUCCCCAGCGGUCUCCCCUUGGGCACCCUGAGGUCUGUGCAGGGGAGGGCCUAGGCCAGUGUCCCAGGAGAGGAGGCACUGCCAGCACGGAUGGACACAGGGAAGGGCAGCGAGACAGAUGGGAGGGCAGCCUCACUCUCCGGAGACCCAUGUGACAUUUCUAGGACAGCAGGCCCAGGGGUGGAUGGCCUGGUGGGUAGUGGGUGCCAGGGGCUGGAUGCAGGCCCUGACUGCAUUCCUCUCACAGGUGUCUCGUAGUCUUGGGUGUUUGAUGCAGAUUGGGAAGCUGAGCCCCUUCCUAGUCACCCCUGCUCCCUGGCUGGGCUGCGGCUGAGCUGCGACUUGAACCUGGGUCCUGAGUGACAUCGCCUUAGGUCCUCCCUCCGUCUCUGGCCCCCUCAGCCCUACCUCUGUGCCCCAAACAUCUCCAUUGUCUUCAGGACACUUAAGGCAAGCUGUUGCUGGGCAGGGCCACACCAGGAAGGCAGCAGUCAGGGCACUGCUCGGGCCCCCUGGCCUCUCUGAGCCUGAUCCGGAGAAGAGAGAACUGGACAGGCCUGAGCCCUGCCCUUCUGGCUUUUCUGGGAACUGGAGAAUGGCCGUGGGGGCUCUGGGCAUCCUAUACCCCAGCUCUCUUGCGGGCAGUAGGCGCCAAGUCUGCAAGCACAUGGGUUGGGCUAGCCCUGGGCAGGAGGGUGUUUGUAUCAUCAAGGCUUGCAGGAGGCAGGCUGUGGGAAUGAGGGAGUUAACGGCGGUUGCUUGCUCCUCUCUGGAAGGAAAACUCCCCACAAACGCUCUGGUCCCUGGCCUCCUGCCAGGCCCAAGAAAAGGGACUGAAAACUGGAAGUUCAGGCGUGUGGCCAGCUCUGCCUUUCACAGCAAGCUCUAGAGUCGGGCAGCAGCCCUGCCGUCGCCAGCUGUCCGUCCAUACAUACACCCACCUGUCCUCUGGGUGCCUCUGUUUGUCUGGAAACCUGUCUGUCUACCCGUCUAUAAUCUUGUCUCUGUCCAACCUUCUCUUACUAUCCUUCGUCCAGCUAUCUAGGCUGUCAAUCCAUGCGUUUGUCUGUCUCUGGCCUCCAUCUAUUUGUUCAUCUGUCCAAUCACCUGUGAAUCUGUCUGCCCAUCUUGUUCAUUCAUCCGCCCAUCUGUCUAUCUAGCUGCCUUCUCUCUCCACCCUGGGCCUCAGAGCCAUGGCCCAGGGCCGCAGGGCCAUGGUCAGCAUGGUCCUGCUGGGGUUGGGGCUGGCCCUAGCCAUCAUCGUGCCUGCCGUGGUCCUCUCUCGCCACCAUGCCCGCUGCGGCCCCCAGGCUUUUGCCCAAGCUGCAGUUGCCGCUGACUCCAAGGUCUGCUCGGACAUUGGACGAGCCAUCCUGCAGCAGCGUGGCUCACCUGUGGAUGCCGCCAUUGCAGCUCUGGUCUGCACUGGAGUCGUCAACCCUCAGAGCAUGGGUCUGGGCGGAGGGGUCAUCUUUACCAUCUAUAACGCCACCACAGGUAAGGUGGAAGUCAUCAAUGCCAGGGAGACGGUGCCCGCCAACCACGUCCCCCAUCUGCUGGACCAGUGUGAGCAGGCCCAGCCACUGGGCACAGGGGCCCAGUGGAUCGGAGUGCCCGGGGAGCUCCGUGGCUAUGCUGAGGCCCACCGCCGCCAUGGCCGCCUGCCCUGGGCACAGCUGUUCUGGCCCACCAUCUCCCUGCUCCGAGGGGACUACCGCAUGCCCUCCGUCCUCAGUCAGUUCCUGCAGAGUGACUUCCUACGGCCUUCCCUGUACAUGACGUCCCUGAGGCAGCUUUUUUUCAAUGGAACAGAACCCCUGAAGGCUCAGGACCCAUUCCCAUGGCCCGCAAUGGCCACCACCUUGGAAAUCGUGGCCACAGAAGGUGCAGAGGUCUUCUACACAGGGACGCUGGGCCAGAUGCUGCUGGAGGACAUUGCCAAUCAAGGCAGCCAGCUGACCCUGCAGGACCUGGCAGCAUUCCAGGCAGAGAUAGUAGAUGCCUUGGCAGUGCCCCUGGGGGACUAUACCCUGUACUCACCGCCACCACCCGCUGGGGGUGCGAUCCUCAGCUUCAUCCUCAACGUGCUCAAAGGGUUCAACUUCUCCUCUGAGUCAGUGGCCAGACCCGAGGGGAGCAUAAAUGUGUACCAUCACCUUGUGGAGACACUCAAGUUUGCGGGGGGACAGAGGUGGCGACUGUGGGACCCUCGCAGCCACCUGGAUAUCCAGAACGCCUCCCGGGACCUGCUGGGAGAGGCUUUGGCCCAGCACAUCCGCCAGCAGAUCGACGCUCGGGGUGACCACCAUCUCAGCCACUACAACCUGGCCGGGGCCUGGGGCCAUGGGAUGGGCACAGCACACGUGUCUGUGCUGGGGGAGGAUGGCAGCGCUGUGGCAGCCACCAGCACCAUCAACACGCCCUUUGGAGCAAUGCUGUACUCACCACGCACGGGCAUCCUCCUCAACAAUGAGCUUCUGGACCUAUGCUGGAGGCGCGCACCAGACUCCAGUGUCACCCCUCCACCCGCGGUGGAUGGAGACAGAAAUGGGUGGGGGGUGACACCCAUCUGGCCUCCAGUUCCAGGCGAGCGACCUCCAUCAUCCAUGGUCCCCUCCAUCUUGAUCAAUGCAGCUCAGGGGUCAAAGCUGGUGAUCGGCGGGGCUGGUGGGGAGCUAAUCAUCCCUGCUGUGGCUCAGGUCAUCAUAAACAAGCUGUGGCUUGGCUUUGACCUGAGGACUGCCAUUGAAGCCCCUAUCCUGCAUGUCAACAGCAAGGGCCAUGUGGAAUAUGAGCCCAACUUCAGCCAGGAGGUGCAGAAGGGGCUCCAGGACAGGGGCCACAACCAGACCAAGAGGCUCUUUUUUCUGAACGUGGUCCAGGCCGUGUCCCAGGAUGGGGCCUGCGUGUACGCCGCAGCAGACCCGAGGAAAGGUGGGGAGGCCUCAGGCUACUGAGGAGGCUGCUUCUGGCAGCUGCAAUCCGGCCCACCAUCAGUGUGUGCCCAGGCUGGCCCUGGCUGUGGAAACAAGCACCCAAGCAGGAUCUGGACGCUUCAGCAGAGGGUCAGCCUGGGGCUGCAGAGGUGGGGACAGGCUGGAAGAUGGACGACUGUGGGGACUGAUCCCUCUCCCAGAGCCCUUUGUGGCCCUGCCCUGACCCCCCAAGCUUUCCCUAGACCUCUCACUCAGGAACAUGGCCCACCCUCCCCGCCAGCCCCACUCCCCAUCCGUAUA